CUCCAAUCGGGGAAUUUCAACCUCCCACCCCAAAUACUCGGCCGUUGAUAUCAUGCCGAUCGCUACUUACCACUAUCAGAAAGGAAGACUGAUUGGUCGAUCCCAGACGUUGCAUGGUCGGAUUGACGUAUGUUUCCGAUGACGUUGGGUGGGUUUCAACCCGUGUGGUCACGACCAUGAUCCAUGGGGUGGAAUUUGGUUGGGUUAACAGGUACUGGUUCUACAAGCUAGAAUUUAUUUAUCCUACCUACAGUUUACAAUGCAUCUAUCUAGUUGUUGUAUGUUUCUAGCGUUGACGUCUUUGAGUUAGUUGAUGUUAAGCUGCUAGUAUGACUUAGGGCAUAACCAUAACGUCGUGGGUCUGAAUGACAGGCUCGGUAGAGUCAAGUCGAAGCUGUUGAAAG